CGGGGGUGAGAGGGAGGGGCCCGCCCUGCGGCUUCAAAUAGAGCCCCGCGGGCCGCCGGCUGGCACUCGCAACCCGAGCCGGCUCCAGAGAAAGCGCGAAGCCACUGGCAGCGGAGUCCCGAGCAGCUCGUGAAUCCAGGGGAGCAGAAUGACCUCGGCAGCGCGGGAGAUCCUGGGCCUGGGGCUGUGCAUCGUGGGCUGGGUGGGGGUCAUCCUGGCCUGCGGCUUGCCCACGUGGCAGGUGUCCGCCUACAUCGACGGCCACAUCGUGGUGGCGCAGACCACCUGGGAGGGGCUGUGGAUGAACUGUGUGGUGCAGAGCACCGGGCAGAUGCAGUGCAAACUCCACGACUCCAUCCUGGCGCUGGAUCCCCACAUGCAGGCGGGCCGGGCGCUCACCGUCCUGGUGAGCCUGCUGGGCCUGGUGGCGCUGAUGGUGACCGUGGUGGGGGCCCAGUGCACCACCUGCGUCCGAGCUGGCAAGGCCAAGUCCUGGAUCGUGAUGGCCGGCGGGGUCCUCUACAUCCUCUGCGGGGUGCUGGUCCUCAUCCCCGUCUGCUGGUUCGCCAACAUCAUCAUCAGCGGCUUCUACGACCCCAAAGUGCCCAACUCCAUGAAGCGGGAGAUGGGGGCCGCGCUCUACAUCGGCUGGGCGGCCACGGCCCUGCUGCUUCUCGGGGGCAGCCUGAUUUGCUGCUCCUGCUCCUGCCCCGGGGACGGCGAGAACACCUUCCCGGUCAAGUACUCGGCCUCCACCCGGCGGCCGACCUCCAACGGGGAGUACGACAAGAAGAACUACGUCUGAGGGGCCGGGCUGCGGCUCCCAGCCGGACCCAGAGCAGCCCCUGCACCCUGCCCUGUGCCCGGCUUCCGCCCCGGUGAUGCUUGAAAUGACUCGGCGGGGAGGCGAGCUCCGAACUGGACUGUGCGCGGGUACCGCUCAGUGGCACAAGACCAGCCCGGCUGCGCCCUGGAGCUCGCCCUUGCUUGAGCCUUACAAACGUUAAUCAGAAAGGACCCCCGGCGUGAAUUCGGGCUCCCUUCCCCACUCCGGUCUCCUCCGGGAUGAGCGGUAAACCGGCCGGGCAACCAAUGGCCGGCACUGCUUCGCCUUAACUGGAAGGGGGUGGUUUGCUUUGAGAUGUAUGCUAUGUAACAGGAAAGCGAGCUAACCCAUUACUGCAGGAAUACGGACCACAGAGCAGGUGCUCAGGGGGUUUGUGUUUGUUUUAAACUACUUUGUGACUAAUUACAAACCCACACCUGCGUAUUUAAUGUGAUGAUUAUUACUGCUGCCCCAAAAAUGACCUAUGGGAUUGUUUAUGUAUCAUUAGAGAAUAAGAUAAAGUCUGCGUUCUCCAUCCGAUUGUGGAGAAAUGAGAACUCUCUUAAAACAAAGCCUCUUAAGCAGCGAAUUCAUCUCCCUUGCUGGGGAAUCAUCCUUCCCUUAUUGUCUUUUUAUUAUUAUUAUUAUUAUUUAAAAAAGCUUAAUUCUGCUGUUGUAACGUGCUGCCGUGCCGCUGUACAGACCCGAGUGAACACAUGGCUAAUGAAAUUAACUAACCUAAACUCUGCGGGGCAUCAGUCUAAGCAGUUAGGACGAUUCUGGUACAGGAUUUUACAGAACUAUUUCAGAACUCAACACUCCUUAUUUGUUAACCCUGUUUUUAUAAUAAAAAAACAAACUAGAUUGUCUAUAUUUUAUAUGUAUAUUUUUAUAUUCUGGCUGCAUGUUUUGUUAUUAUAAAGAUGUACGAACUAUUUGGGGUAGGAGUAGGUGACAGCCCAGCACUGGAAUUUGGUAAUUAACAACCAGUAUCUGGUUGUUUGAGACAAACUUUGGAAGGAGGCAGGGUAUGCUAGGGCAUCAUGCACAGCUAUCAAACUGUUCUCCCAUUUUGUGUUGAGAACAACCCAUAGGGAAUAGGAGUUUAUAGUAUAAUGUAUCUGCAAAAAUAAGAGAGGAGUUUGCAUCUGUUAGGGCACCAAAUGGCUUGUGCUAGCAAACAUCUCUUCCUAGGGGUGAGUGUCCUGAACAUUUCCCCAGUAGGACUUUGUCAUCACCUCCUUCCAGGGGUGGCUCCGGGCACCAGCACGCCAAGUGCGUGCCUGGGGUGGCAAGCCAUGGAGGGCGCUCUGCUGGUCGCUGUGAGGGCGGCAGGCAGGUUGCCUUCGGCGGCUUGCCUGCGGAGGGUCCGCUGGUCCUGCAGCUUUGGCAGAUCUCCCGCAGACGUGCUGCCGAAUCCGCCGGACCGGGGACCUCUCGCAGACAAGCCGCCGAAGGCAGCCUGUCUGCCGUGCUUGGGGCGGCAAAAUACCUAGAGCCGCCCCUGCCUCCUUCAAAUCUGAAUGUUGUGAGUACAAUUUGGCUUUUUUAAUGGAUUCUUUUACAAGACUUCAAAUUUUUAUAUCUUAUCAACUGAUCUGUGUGAUGAUAAUGAAUUGUGCCACUAUUACACUAACUUUCAUCAUAAAAUAUUUUCAGUCCUUUCACAUUUUCUUUUAAAAAAAAAGACCCUUUGGGUUGAAAUUUCUCUUAUUUAUUUUCUUGUAAAGAAAAUACCGGCAUCUGGCUUAUUGUAACAGUGGUGGGUUUGUUUGUUUUUUCAUUAUUUAAGAAUUUUUUUCAAUUUUUUUGAGCUUGGAUUAAUAAAAUGUAAGUUCUUUUUAAAACUUCAAACUAACCUUGGUCUUAAUUCCUCAGUUUAGACAAUUAACCUCUGCCCUGCUAUGUUUGAAGAAAAUUGGUUUAGAACAAUCAUGGACUGAGAUCUUUGAUUUUCCACUAAUUGAGACAGUCGUUCAGGUAUAAGCACUGAUCCAUGUGCACCGGAAGAAGUGUGCAUUCAAAUACAAUGUAAGAUGAGUUUUAACCUUGAUUGCUCUGUUCUCCCAGGCCAGCCAACCAUCCCUCCUCCUUAACCCAUUCCUAUUCUAUGUUUACUUGAAUAUGAAAUCAUUACAGCUUACAAUGUGUACUUGCUCUGGCACAUGCUUUGCAUGCACAAUUUGAAAUUGGAAGCAUUGAUGCUGAAUAGAAUAUAGUUAGGCCAAGUAGGCUCCUUUCGAUAUCACUUUACAAGUAAUGUUAAGGACUCUGCAAGGUCUUGGUUGCCAUCUUGCUGAGUCCGUCUUGCAGCCAAUAUCAAAUUUUGUGUGCUCAGUAGGGGCACAAUUUAAUGUGAAUAUGCAUCUGUUUGAUUGUGCAACAGCAGUUAAAUUUACUAACACCAUCCUUUAUUUAAAAAACAAACAAGGAAAUGCAAAAAAUUCUUAACCUGAUAUUAUUGCUGAGACUUUACACGCAAUAAUCAAGAAACUCAAGGUUAUGGCUCCCAUAGCCACCAUAACUUUUAUCACCGGGGAGGAAGGAUGACUAAUUUUUGCUCUAUGCAAGCACAACUUGGGAUUUCCUGACUUAGAUGUGUGUGGAACAAGCUUCUUUUAAAAGGGAUUAGAGACUGAGUAAGUAUGACAGUUCCUAAUGCAAACCCUAAAAACAAUUAAACAAGUUCUAGGCCAUGUGACAGUACUGUUAUACCAACGCAGCACACUUCUACCGACCCUGAUGGACUCCAUAAGGAACUACCUUCUGCCUCCAACUAAUAAGGAAACACUCUACACAUUAAUCUCCCUCGCACUAUAACACUAAACCUUAAUUACAGCCUCAUGGUUCCAUCACAAACAUAUAAUACACGUGUAUGUCAACUCCGAAUAUUUGCCAUUGUUGCUGAGACUUGUGAUUUAACUGGAUCUGUAGUUUUGCAAUAGGGCUUCAUCCAUAUUGUUCUUGCUUUGCUUAGUAAACAUAAAAAAGUGGUGGUGUCAAUACACAGAGGCUUGAGAGACUAGACCUUGAUCCUGCAAACACUUAUGUAUGUGGUUAACAUUAAGCACGUGAUUAGUCCCAUUGGAGAUAAAACUUCAUGCUUAAACACAAGCAUGUUUGCAGGAUCAGAGCCUGUGUGAUCAUUAAGCAAACACCAUAUGUGUAGAAUUGUUUCCUCAGUAAAGAGGUGCAGUUCUUAAACUGUCAGUGUCUUAAAUGAGAGCUACAAUACUGUUAUUGUAACGUAAUAUGUAAUUUUGGUACAAGAGUGAAAUAUUCUGUAUUUCAUCUUUGCAACUUCUGUUUGUAAACACCGUAACCUUAUAAACUCUAGAAGUAUUUAAAUGUGUACAUUUUGCAAGAAAUCUACCAAAGCUGGCUUGUAA